AUGCGCCAAAAGGACCGCGAGAAAGAAGAGAUAAUGCGCGAGGAGCGUGAUAUGAGUGCGGCAAUGAUCAGGAAGGCUAACCAGGACGUGGAAGCCAUGCGCUUAAACAUGGAAGAACUUAUCGCCCAGCGAGAGGAGCGCGAGGCACUCUUGGAAGAGCGCAUAGAAAAGCGGAUGGAGAAGCAGAUGCGAAAGAAGCAGGCUGCUCAUGACAAAGAGAUCAAACGGAUUCAAAGAGAAAAAGAGGCCGAGAUGAAAAUAUCAAGAGAACAAGAGAAGCAAGCCCAACGCGAUCGGAAAAAGGGUGGAAGAGAAAAACAGGGCGGAGCAACAGAGAAAGGUGGAACAGGAGAGAAAGGCAAAGGUCGCUGA